UCAUUAUCAGAAACUACUGCGGGAGUCCGACAAGAGUCACAUCACACUCGCGUUGAAGUCCGAUCAAACGCGUUUAAACGCGCGGGAACGUCAGUGUCGGUUUAUUCCUGGAUAUUUGUCCCCCGCGGCCAUCCGGUGUGUCCUUUAAAGCGGGACUUUGGAUUUUAUUAAGGAUCGCAGAUUUGUUUUGUCCGCAGUGGGAAGGCUCGAUCCACCCCCGAGUCUGAUGAUUUGAGAGGGAAGCGAUGCAGCGCUCUGAGUGACUGCAGCUCACCAGAUUCCUGCUUGAAUCCGCAUUCAAUCUCAAUCGGCACACGCGCGCCUGCGUUCUCCACGCGCAUCGAUUAUAAACCAAUCUAUUUUCUACUCGUUUGGGUUUUUGUGUGCUUUUUUGUGAAGAAAUCAAAUUCAUUUUUUACGCGUUAAACUCCGUUUUCUUGAGUUUGAGGGAUUGUAAAGUGCUUGCCAUCUCGAUGUAAGUGGAUGGAUUUACUCGCGUAGACUUCAGCAGCAGCAGCAGCCGCUUCAGAAAUGGUUUCACCUGGGAUAUACACCGCCUUUGCCAGAUUUAUAAGGUUCUGGAAGCAAUAGAGCCAAAAGCCAUCACAUCCAUCUCUGAUUAAACUUAAUCACCGAGACCCGUGUCCCCCUGCCUCUUGAUUCUUCAAGAUCCUUAAUGGAGCAAAGAGAGCUUAACCGUACGUCCCGGCCCAAAGGCAAUGAGGAGUUCUUCUCCACCGUAACCACCAUCAAUAGAGCAGACCUCAGUGAGGUCGGUCUUCUGGCCAGUCCCAUAAAGAGCCUCUCUAUACCUGGCGAGCAACAGGACCAUGACGAGGAUGAGGACCUCGGUCUGGGGAAGGACAUGGAUGCCACCUCCAACGCAGACAGCGAGAGAUGGGCACACGGAGACGGGCUGGAUGAGCAGGAGUUCUCCAUCAAGGAAGCCAGUUUUUCAGAAGGCAGUCUAAAAUUAAAGAUUCAAACUACCAAGCGGGCCAAGAAGCCUCCCAAGAACUUGGAGAACUACAUUUGUCCUCCUGAGAUCCGUAUUACUAUUAAGCAACCUGGGGAGCAGAAGACCACCAAACAUGGCAGGAGCAGCAGGGGAGGAAAAGAGGAAGAUAAAGGGCCGCCCAGAAAAAGGACCUAUGAGAGGCCUUAUAAACUUGUGGAUAAAAUGGACAGUGUGAUGAUGGAUGUCCCUGGGGAGAGCACAAAACCAAAGCAUGAGUCUAAAAGCAACGACAUUCACCAUCUUGACUGGACAAAGUCAUUGGAUACUGUAGGAGACAAAGCAUCUCAAGAGCAACAGGGGAAAGAACCGGAAUCAAAACGAGAAUCGACAUGCCACCGGAACUCUUUAUCAGAGUCCGGUGCCACAUUCUCCAAAAUGCAAGUAAAAAAAGUCACGGAGGGUUCUUCUGGAAAUCUCUUUUCCCCUGCCAUAGCAUCAUCUCCAGCUGAUGUAACAGCGAGUCCCCCAACUGAGUCAAUUGUUUUGACACAUUCAUCUUUCAACAAAGACAAGGGUUUGCAGGAAGUCACCGAGCAAGUGUUUGGAAACAUCAAACGGAAAUAUGGAAGGAAAGAGUCAACAAAGGCUUUGGCCACCAACAAUUUUGACUUUCAUUGGGCCAAAAAGAUGGACAAGGAUACUGAAAAUCAAGGCAGUAAGGAGAAGGAGAAACAAUCAUACAACACGGAUAAAAGUGAAUUUGAGAAAGAGGAGCCUGAGAAGUCAAGGAAUAGCACAGAUGAUGAGUAUAAGACAAUAUCAAUUGGUGGGGCCCAUCAAAUAGAUGAAUCUAGAAGUAAAAAGAAAAGAAAUAGACAAGUAGCUGGAGAAAACAUUUUGUUAGAUGAUGCACAAACCACACAGCAUGUCGAAAUGACUGAUAAAUGUGACCAAGGUAGCACAAGACCUAAAAUGACAAAGAAAACAGAAUUUAGUGCACCAAACCAAUUUGGUGUGAAUUUACAGGAAGACCGUGCUGAAACAGUGACUAAUGAUGUUGAGAUGUUUCCGAAUAGACCGAGGAAAGUCCCAGCUGGGAGACCGAGAUCAGUGAUUGAUGCUGACAAGCAAACAGAUGGGAGGCAAUUAAAGGUCAAGGACAGGUGGUCUUAUUUAAAGUCCCAGAACUCUGCUCUUCGUACAGACGUAAAUCAAUCUCUGUCCAUCGAAGAGCCGCCCUCCGCCUUUCCGAUUACCCCAUCCAGCCCACUCUACACAAACACAAACAGUUUGACAGUCAUCAGUCCUGUAAAGAAGAAACGUGGCAGGCCCAAAAAGCAGCCGUUGCUCACUGUGGAGACAAUUCACGAAGGCACAGCAACAAGCCCCGUUAGCCCUAUUGCCCAAGAUUCAACAAGCACUUCAAAGAGAAGGAAAAAACACAAUAUGUCAAAACUGGUACAGUUGGCCAUAAACAAAUCCCCUUCGGCACAGCAGUUAAAAGUCAAGAAAUCAGGUCAAGAAGGUGUCCUUAAAAAGAGGGCAGUCAAAAGAAUGAAACUGGUAAAGAUGCAGAGCAUUUUGAAUGAACUUUUGUCUACUUCUAGUACCGGCAAUCUUGCCUUGAAGUCAAAUGUACCGGUUUCAAAUGCCAUGUCAACUAUGGCAUCGACAAUCGAGGCCCGCUUUGGCAAGCAAAUCAACGUAAGCAAGCGCGGGACUAUUUACAUAGGCAAAAAGCGGGGAAGGAAACCCAGAGUCGAUCUGCAAGCCCAGCAAAAUGAGCACAAAGCCAGUGAUAAGCACUCGUUGCCUAUUUCCAGUCCAUUUGAGAACCCUCUAGUGCCUUCUAAUACAUUGUCCGCACCUGGAAUGCCUUCUCCCAGGGUUAUGCAUUCUCUCCCUGCUCACUCUGCAGCAGGUGGAAUGGCUCACCCUGCCACCACAGACACCAGCCAGCACGACCUGAAGACAAUGCCAAAUCUACAGCCUAUCAGUGCAUUGCCCACAAAAACACAUAAGGGCUUGCUCGGUAGUAACUGGAAGCUUUCUCCCCCAAGACUAAUGGCCAACUCACCAUCUCACCUGUCUGAAGUGGCUUCUAUCAAAGAAGUUACUCUGUCUCCAAUUAGCGAGUCCCACAGUGAAGAGACAAUCCCCAGUGAUAGUGGAAUUGGCACUGAUAACAACAGCACAUCAGACCAGGCUGAGAAAGGUCCAGCAUCUCGCAGAAGAUACUCCUUUGAUCUUUGCAGUUUUGAUGCCACAGAGGCUGCUGGUGUAGAGGCUAAGGGGAAAGCUGCAAGGGGACACUACCAGAAACGCACCACCACGGUUGCUGUGGAAAACUUCUUCGCUCAAGAGAAUCUGAAAAAGCAGAAGCAUCGGAGAAAGCGCAAGGGCCUCCAGAGCCGGGAUGAUCUGCAAUUCAUAGACGACCUGGAGGAGCUUGUUAGCAAAUUCCAGGUCUUAAGGAUUUCCCAUCGUAGUUACAAAUUCUACCAUGAGAAUUCGUAUCCCAGCAUCUUCCGUCUCAACUUUGACCACUACUAUCCCAUGUCGUACUAUCCCUAUGACCCUGUGCACCCUGUGCAUCUUCGCAGGAGCUCUGAAAAGUCAAAGAGGAGGCGCGGUAGGCCGGCCAAAUCAAACGAGCCUAUAUCUAAGAUGCCUUUUAUUCAAGGGUUUGGCUGCCCAGUGCCUGGUGGCAGUUACUAUGCAUCCUACGCAAUGCCUUACACAUCCAUGCCUCUUGCCACAAGUAUGCUAAACAUGGGCUAUUAUGGUCAGUACCCUUCACCCUUGUACUUAUCUCAUGCACUUGGAUCCUCAGGCUCUCCUCUCAUGAGGCCACCAGUCCCUCCACCAAAGUUCCACCCCAGCGCAUCUUCUGGUCUUCUUGCUACUAACAGGCAUAGAGCAAAAACUAUGCCGCAUGAAAUGCCGUCAAGGAUAGGCGACUCCCAUCACCCAUCGAACAGCUGUUUGGCAAGUGUCUGUCUCCACAAACGCAAACACAAGUACAAGCACAAACACAAGGAAGAUCAGUGCAUCCCACAAAGGGAGGACCUUGGUGGACUCUUCAGCGGAACCCAGGGUCCUGCCUUUCUCAGACUGGACAAAAACUCUCUGUCCAAAAUGAAGGACAAGCAAAGAGGCAAGCUAAGCACAGACGCUUCGCCGAAAGCUCCCAGAAACUACUUUGAAGUAGACACUCUCUCGUCAUUAUCCUUAUCUGACUCUCAGCAUUGUAAACGCACUCGAGGGGAGACACUCAAUAACUUCCUGAAUAUCUGCACUAGACAACCACACGAACGCCUACGAGCCAGCCAGGACCAGGCACUGGACUCGUUUAGGGACCAGCACUUAGGGGAGAAUGAUUCUAGCAUACACGGCAGGAGGCAUAGCUUGGAGGACUUCGCAACAUACAGAGGGGGAAGCCUGGCAUCUUUUCAAGGAAGUAGGGAAGAAAGGGCAGAGCAUGUAUACCAGUGCUCAGACACAGCUGUGGCAGAUCCCGGUUUCUACAGGAGGAGGCACAAGCCCGUCGAAAUGCAGGAGGAUGAUGAGCAGCCAACGUGCGCCUACUCCAAAGUUCUCACCACCAAGAAGAACCUGGAUCACGUCAACAAGAUUCUGAAAGUCAAGAGGCUUCAGAGGCAAGCCAAGACGGGGAACAACAUGGUGAAGCGACGCAGAGGGAGGCCGAGGAAGUGCCCGCUUCCUCUCGAGGACGGAUCGACGGGUCAGAUGCCAGUUCUGGAAAAGUGCGUGGAUCUUCCCGGCAAAAGGAGCCUUCACACCGGCCUCGUCCCCGCUCAGCUUGAGUUCUCCAAUCACGACUCUAUCACAGACGCUAUCGAGUCAGUGGUACACAUGGCCAGAUCCCAAUUCAACCCACCAUCGACACAGGGAGGGAAGUACUGGCACAAAGUUCAGCCGGAGCUCCAAAUAGAGUCUCCUAACCGGAAAGGCAGAGGAAACAGGCGAGAUGAAGCUCCUCAUUAAAAUAGUCCACUGUGAGUCAGCCUUGUGCUUGGGUCUUUGUAUCGUUUCUCAGUUUUUGUUUUGAUCUUAAUUCUACUGACAUAUUCUAAUGGGCAUUCACUGAGAACCAAGAUACUAUCACAUACUUUCCUCUCGAGGAGACCAAUUGAACUUCUCCCAAAUCUCCCAAAGCCCAUAACAGGGAGGAUCGAAACGGCGGCUUUAGCCGAAAUCUACCAGCACAUGUAAAUGAACUAAUUACGGUACCGUGCACUUUUUUAUUUGUAUUUUUCUUUUGUUUCGCUCGAGCACAAAGCACAGAUCGUCUGACUGAAAUCGAUUUUGAACAACAGGUAACCCAAUUGCUCACACAACUCAUUCGCCUGUGCUCAGGUGUGUUUCAGGCACGAACUAAUGGCAAUACUUUCCAAUUAAACCCUGUAGUUUCACUGUACAUAUCAACAUAUUCUAACUUUUCAAAGUAUUUUAGAUCUACCUAUACCGUCUUCAUAUCGAGUCAAAAACCAUAUAAUGCUAUUUUGUUUUAACCAAAUAGAAAUAGAUGUGACAUACGCAACCUCGUGUUGGAGUUGGUACACUUAUUUAGUGACGUAAUCCUGAAUCACUGCAGGGUUAAUAAAGACACGGUACAGAGUAAAUAAAAAAUAAAACCCAGUCAACCGGAGACCAGGCCAGAUGAAAAAUGCUACGGUUGCAUUUUAAACCAACAAAGCACUUAUUUCUUUUCUCUUUAUUUGGGAUGGGAUGGGAUUUUACAAUGUUGGUGUUGGUUUUUGCUUUAAAUAUCAGCGAACGUCUGGAGAAUAUUUUCGAAAUCGCCUUCUCCAGAGUAAUUUUGAGAAUGUGCCUGCUCUUGUCAAUUAAACAAUAAUUUAGUAUGUCUAUAUACCUGUCAGUAUUAGAUAUUUACAUGACCAAAGUAUCAGUGUAGUUGUGCGUCAUAGGAUAGAUCGGUUUCGGUGUAGCUGCUUGUGUAUAUUACUAUGAAUGGAUACUGAGUGUGACAGUGUGCUUAUCUGUUUAUUAAUCUCUUAUUUGGAUCGGUUGGAAAUAGAAACCAGAAUGUACACAGAAGACAAUUUAUGACGUCACAUACAUAGUCGAAAAUAGGUUUUUCUGCAUUAGAAACGAGUUGAAUGUGGUCCUAAUUUGAAUAGCUUUCCAUUUGUUAUUGAUUUCUCAGUUUUUCAUAUGUGCCUUACGUUUGUCUAUAAAUCCAUAACAUGUUCAGGUACAAGGAAAGCUUAACGGCGAGAUAUUAAUCAAGAGUGUACAUAAACAAUAAUCUUGUUCGCUGUCAUGGUCGUAACGUGUUUAAUAUUUCAAUAAAUCUUCACAGGUCGGUUGUUUUAUUCUAAUCGGCUUCAUUUUAACUAUACAUGCAUAUACUCGAUUUAUACUCCGUAACAAUUCAGUGACCAGACAGCACAUAUAGCACACGACUAAAUACCCAUAAGAGAUAUGUCUAUAACUGAACCCAGCGAGGGUUUUCGAAAUGCUUAUUUACUAUGCAUCAGAUUGUUGACGCGUAUCGACUAUUUCGUCAGCUUUGCGUUUUCUGUUUAAACGGUUUAAACAAUAAAGUGGUCUUACUGAAAUCUUAAAAGUUACAAUAUCUAGUAGUUUGUCAUUGUGCUAAAACUGACUAUCAGUUCUAAUCAUUGUCUAAAGAGGAAAAUUGACCUCUAAGCAGUGCAGCCUUAUGCAAAUGUUAAAUUCGACAAGUUUUUCCUUGUAAAUAGUCUACCGUCUCUGGAUUGCCGUAAAGCUGCAUGGAUUAUUCCUAAGAAUCGCGUCGAUGCUGUAUGUUUAAUUCACAGUUGUCCAAAGCCAGACAUGCAGUGGCUCGGUGUUACGAACCGUUCUGUCCACGUGAUCUCGCAUUUAAGCUAAAAAAAUCAUCAUAUGCUGGCAGCUAUUUGCCUCGAACUGGUUUUGCUAACCACCUUGAAACGUUGCCAAAAAAUGUUGACCUUUUGUCCGUGCUUGAAGCACCAAAAGACAAAAUCGAUGUUUUGAAAGAAAAUGUACACCGUAGCAGUUUUCAGAAACAUGAUUAUAGAUAGUAGUCAAAAAGUGGCUUUGGGAACAAAGCCUGGCAGCUUGGCUUCUGUGAUUUCGUAACGCCAGAUAGAUUUUCUCCACCAGCUGAUAAGUGGUGCCUUGUGAAGUUGAAGGUUUAUUUUUUAUGUUCUUAAACUACCAUAGCGAUUCCAUUACACGCUGUUUGUGUCAAGUAAAUAUUACCAAGAUCACACACAGAGAGAGAGAGAGAACGUUAUCCACUCCAAUAUUGUCACUAGUAUCAUAUUUUGAUUUGUGUAGACGCAAAGUGUUAAUCGAAAAGUAAUACUCCUAAUAAGGACACAACACAUGCUCUUAUCGAUAUUAAAAUUUUUAAUUCGUACCUACAGUACAUGGUGUUAUGACCAUUUUGAUAAUUUGAUUUCUGUAUCUGCAUGCCCUGUUUGAUUGUAUGCGAACACAUUUUGGAGAAGUCAAAUAUUUCGAUUUAGAUACGAUCUUAUACAUUGUUUGAUAUGGUUUUUUGUAAUGGAUUUUAAAUUCAUAAAGCAUUUUGUACAUUGUAUGGAUAUUAAAAACAGCAAAUAAUGGACGUAUAUACAAAAGAAUAAAUACCUGAUGUACACACAAACAUAUGCAUUGUACAUAGAAUGUAUGUAUACACAUUUGUGUGUCGUGUAACGGUGUAUACAGACGUGUUUAUAAUACCGCACUGUACAUAUGUACAUACAUGUAAGCUUGCAUGUGUUUGGUCACGUUUGCCGUUCAUGAUCUUGUAGUUUUAUUUUUUUAUUUCUCUUUCCCUUACUGUUAAGCUCAUGUUGUGCACCGUUGCUGGUGAGCAGUCUUGCGAGCUUAAAAUACAGUCGAUCUUGUUCAUGUCAUUUAUUGUGCAAAAAAAUAAUAAAUGAAUUUAUCGAGAACACA